AUGAGCUCCUACUUCGUCAACCCCCUGUUCUCCAAAUACAAAGGCGGCGAGUCCCUGGAACCGGCCUAUUACGACUGCCGGUUCCCUCAGAGCGUGGGCAGGAGCCAUGCUCUGGUGUACGGGCCCGGAGGCUCAGCGCCCGGCUUCCAGCAUGCCUCGCACCAUGUCCAAGACUUCUUCCACCACGGCACCUCCGGCAUCUCCAACUCGGGCUACCAGCAGAACCCGUGCUCGUUGAGCUGCCACGGAGACGCCUCCAAAUUCUAUGGCUACGAGGCGCUCCCCAGACAGUCCCUUUAUGGGGCUCAGCAAGAGGCGAGCGUGGUGCAAUAUCCCGACUGUAAAUCCUCCGCCAACACUAACAGUAGCGAAGGACAAGGCCACUUAAAUCAGAACUCGUCUCCCAGCCUCAUGUUUCCAUGGAUGAGACCCCACGCUCCUGGGCGGCGCAGUGGACGACAAACUUACAGCCGGUAUCAGACCUUGGAACUAGAGAAGGAGUUUCUCUUUAAUCCUUAUUUGACACGGAAGCGCCGGAUUGAAGUCUCCCACGCCCUGGGACUGACGGAGAGACAAGUGAAGAUAUGGUUCCAGAACCGAAGGAUGAAGUGGAAAAAGGAGAACAACAAGGACAAACUGCCUGGAGCCCGAGAUGAGGAGAAGGUGGAAGAAGAAGGGAAUGAGGAAGAGGAGAAAGAAGAGGAGGAAAAGGAAGAAAAUAAGGACUAG